GGGUCAUUUGUCCUGGGCCUCCGGCGUCUAGAGAGACCGAGGGUCGCAGUGUGGACAUCGCGACUGAGAAUUUUGAAAAGCGGCGCGCAAUGGCCCUGGCAUGCACUCAGCUGCCGAAGAGUAUGAUGGGUGGCUGCCGAACGCUAAAGAGGUGGAGGAGCGUUUGCUUCAUGCUUGCCGGGUGUAUCUGGAACGUCACUCUAAAAUUGAUUAUGUGUUUGGGUUUACUUCGGUUGGUACGAAGGGGGGGUUGGACGUGUCAUCGGCAUUCUUCUCCUUGUUUGGCCCUGAUGGAUAGGUAUAGGGUUCAUGGACAUGCUGAGGUGCAUUCUGAUCAGGCUUGGAUUAUUGAACGGACUGUUUGUGAUAUUGUGAGUACUCAUCAGUGAAUAGGCUAGUGAUCACCCUCU